UUCAGCGAGAAGAUAAGCGGAGAGGGAGGAACAAAGCUGGAUGAUGAAUUUCUGGACAUGGAAAGGAAAAUCGAUGUCACCAAUAAAGCUGUUGCAGAAAUUCUUUCCAAAGCCACUGAGUACCUCCAGCCGAACCCAGCAUACAGAGCCAAGCUAGGAAUGCUGAACACGGUGUCGAAGGUCCGGGGACAGGUGAAGACCACGGGGUACCCGCAGACGGAGGGCCUGCUGGGGGACUGCAUGCUCAAGUACGGGAAGGAGCUCGGGGAGGACUCCACCUUCGGCAAUGCGUUGAUAGAAGUUGGUGAAUCGUUGAAGCUGAUGGCAGAGGUGAAAGACUCUCUGGACGUCAAUGUGAAGCAAACAUUCAUUGAUCCGCUUCAAUUACUACAAGACAAAGACUUAAGAGAGAUUGGGCACCACUUGAAGAAGCUGGAAGGCCGCCGUCUGGACUACGACUAUAAGAAGAAGCGAGUAGGUAAGAUACCAGAGGAAGAAAUCAGACAAGCGGUAGAAAAAUUCGAAGAGUCGAAGGAGUUGGCUGAAAGAAGCAUGUUUAAUUUUUUAGAAAAUGACGUCGAACAGGCCAGCCAGUUGGCUGUGUUCAUCGAGGCGGCAUUAGACUAUCAUCGACAGUCCACGGAGAUCCUGCAGGAGCUGCACAGCAGGCUGCAGCUACGAAUCUCGGUGGCUUCCAGCAUCCCCCGGCGGGAAUAUAAGCCCAGGCCUGUGAAGAGGAGCGUCAGCGAGGUCAAUGGGGUUUUCAGCGUCCGUGCGCCCAAGGCCGCAGGUCCUAGCAUCCCUGUGGACCAGCCCUGCUGCCGUGGCCUCUAUGACUUUGAGCCAGAAAACCAAGGAGAAUUAGGCUUUAAGGAAGGAGACAUCAUUACGUUAACCAAUCAAAUAGACGAAAACUGGUACGAGGGCACGCUCCGCGGGGCGGCGGGGUUCUUCCCCAUCAGCUAUGUGGAGGUGAUGGUGCCUUUGCCGCGGUGAAGGCGGCUCCGGCCGCUCGCUCCUGACGGACGUGACUGCCCACCCGUGUUCUUAGCGUGGUGUUCCGUGCCAGCCUGGCUCUGCCCACCCCGAUGACUUUUGUAUGUGUGUCCUCUUUAUAACGUAUUUUGUAUCAACUUAAUUUGUAUAAAGGGUUUCCCUGUCCUGGCUACAUGAACAUGCUUUCCUUCUUGCUUCUCUGCUCCUGAAAAGCUGCUGGUUCAAUGUCCACGCUUCCUGGCACUAAAAACUCAGCCCUCGGCCGCACAGCGGUGCAGCGCCUGCAAGCAAGAAGUGCUAUUGUUUCUUAACACGGCUGGCCCCUGGCCUCCUCCCUUAACACACCGGCCACCUGUGUUUGGAGCUUACCUGUUGAAUAGCCCAA